UCAAAAAAACCACUCAAACUGAGCUAGGAACGUAAGACAGGUGGAGAUUUUUUUCCUGACCUGUCUAUGCCCAAAGUGAACAUAGCUGUAAAAGUCCUGAGAGUGUCCACGCGUGAACGCACUGGGGAGAGUCAACAUGUGGUCCUGGGGGAGUUCUGUGGCAGCUUCUCCCCUCUUCAGGAGGUGGUUCCUAGGCUACAGCAACGGGUUUCUCUCAAGAUUGGGCCACACAAGAGAUUGUGAUGGGCAGGAAGACCUUUGAACCUUGGUCAUCUUACAAUUACAAGCGAGUUUGGGAGCCUUGCUUUCUUCAUCUGGAAAAAUGGGGAUAAAAAUAAUACUCGCUGUAGAUGGUGGUGUGUUGUGUGAGAAUGAAUGAAAUGUUGACAUUAUAAAGCUCUAUUCACUAGCAUGGUAUGGUAUGGCAUGGCUUAGGGACACGGCUUCUGGUUGAGCGAUGUCCACUUGUGGCAAUCCAGGGAUUUUGAGAGGAGAGAAAUCUGUGGGUGGAUGAGUCAGACUCUAAUAAUUGUGAAGAUUUACCGAUGUUUUCUCAGCGCCAGGCACUCUAGGAAGCAUUUUCAAUUCAUUACUUUUUCUGUCUCUCCAUGGCUCUGUGAGGCAAGUCCUGUUUUCCCCUCACUUUUACAGCUGAGGAACCUGAAACUGAAGCUCAGUUUUGUAUCAGGCCAACAAGAUUCAAAGAAAAAAAGGUCGAGGUUUGAGCCAGCCCUGCUCCCUAGAGGACUUGGCAGAGCUCCUGAAUCAGGCUCCCAUCAGCCUCCUCAGACUCACUCACACAGUACAGGAAGUUCCCUCAGAUCAGGUGGGCCAGUACCCUGUACCUACAACUGUCAUCUUUGAUUCCUUCUCUUCAUCCCUUGGCUCUUUGUCCUGGCCCUACUUGUCCCAUGUGGCCCCCUAGACAGUGGCUGGCAGCUCCUGACUCCUGACUCUCUUUUGGUUCCUUUCAUCCUUCUGUAGCAUCAGUUUAAAGGAAAAAAAAAAAGUUCCAGGUAAGGCCUCUGAUUGGCUCUGUCAGAUCACAUGUUCACUGUGCACCAGGAUGGGUAUUGGGGCAAGACUGUAAGCACAAUUAAAACCUUCAGAAAUCACCAGAAGACUGGAGGUGGGGAGGGAGGGCUGCUGGGUGUUGACUUUGGCCCUGUUUGGAUGGAACAAGGAUGGCGCCUGUGGGCGCUGACGGGUUUCUUUUGGUUCUGAGUGAUACACGGGCCCUAGCUGAAGUGGGCGCAGGGAGGAGCAGACCUAAGGCCUCAGUUCUGAGGUGUUGAGGAGGUUGAGCCUGGAGAGGAAGGUGGAGAUGGUGUUGGGGAUGGUGUAUAGUACUGACUUGAGGCCCAGCAGGAGGCCGGGUGAGGGGGCUGUGGCUGGGAAGCGUUUGGCGUUGACACGCCCAGUUUGGGAGUGGCGAGAAUGAGGUGCUGCCACGGGCUGAACUGGGAGGUAAUGCAUUGGAGAGCUGGGUACUCCAUGAGGGACAGGGUGCGCGCUGGGAGGCAGAGAGCUGGUGAUGGAACUGUGGGUGCAAAGAGCUGGGGUUGUUUAUUCCGCGGGACUUGGUUUCACAGAUCAGAGGAGGAAGAGCAGCUGCAGCUUCUCUGGAGGAGAGACGGAGGCCACAUGCCACCAGUGGUCAUUGUGAAGUGAAGGCCUUUCCCCAGUGCCAAUCCCUCCCGGUAACACUUUGCCUUUCCUAACAAGCAGAGGGUCUAGGAAGCAGGAGGAUCGGCAGACAGCACAGUGCUCACCCAUCCCUCUGCAGUCGCUGCCACUUCUAAUCCUCUCAGAUGCUUCCUCCAGACAUCUUAUUUUAUAUUCCUUCAGUCCCUACUUCUGCACAUAACACUUUUAUGAUCCCUCUCUGUAGACAUUUUAACUAAUUUCCUUUUUAGUAGAUAUUUUGAAAAAUCUUUACAUCUGAGCCUGUGUCUGUGUGCAUGUGUGCACUUAUAAAUACCAUGGCACAUGUGUAGAGGUCAGGACAUCUUGCAGGAGUCAGGUCGUCAGGCUUGGCAGCAAGCACCUUUAUCUACCGAGUCAUCCUGCCCACCUCUGAGUCUCUUUAAACCCAUAGAUAGGCCUUUUCCACUCCCCAGCCUUCCUUUCUUUCUUUCUUUCUUUCUUUCUUUCUUUUUUUUUUUUUUUUGUCUUUGUUUCUUUUUUCUUUUUUUGUUUUCCCCCAGCCUUUCUAAACAGUUUUUGGCCCCGCUCACUCUGGCCCUGCUCAGUCUGACCUAAAGAUUUAUUUAUUAUUAUAUCUAAGUACACUGUCUUCAGACACUCUAGAAGAGGGCAUCAGAUCUCAUUAUGGAUGGUUGUGAGCCACCAUGUGGUUGCUGGAAUUUGAACUCAGGACUCUUAACCACUGAGCCAUCUCUCCAACCCUAUCCUAGGUUUUCUGAAUCUAUCAUUGUAACUACAGGGUCCUUGGAAAUGAGAGAUGAUGGUAGGAGCAGGGUGGCAGAGAAGGGGUGAGGGUGAGAGAGACUGAUGGCCAUCGCUAGCUUUGGAGAUGGAAGGUGCUGUGAACCAAGGAAAGGCGUCAAACUCUAGAAGGUGGCACAAGAGGGAGCUCAGAUUCUCCCUAGCGUCUGUAGCAAAGAACGCAGCCCUGCCAGCACUCUGACCUUAGUCUUAGUAGAACUGCCAUGACUUCUCAUGUGCAGAGAGGUCAGGUAAGAAAUCUGUUCUUGGGCUGGUGAGAUGGCUCAGUGGGUAAGAGCACCCGACUGCUCUUCCAAAGGUCCAGAGUUCAAAUCCCAGCAACCACAUGGUGGCUCACAACCAUCCGUAAUGAGAUCUGACUUCCUCUUCUGGAGUGUGUGAAGACAGCUACAGUGUAUUUACAUAAAAUAAUAAAUAAAUCUUAAAAAAAAAAAAAAAAAAAAAAAAAGAAAUCUGUUUUUUUAAGCCAUGAAUUUUGUGUUACAGAAAACAUUUGUGCUGUGUGUGUGUGUGUGUAUAAGCGCCUUUGUUAAAUCAACAUAAUUACAUUAUUAUGUCAAUGUAACUGUUAUUCACAACUGAGCCUAACAAGUUUCCUUUUUGUUUUUUUUCCCCUGUACUUAGUAGUUGUGUGUGUGUGUGUGUGUGUGUGUGUGUGUGUGUGUGUUUUAACUUGUCUUCUUUGUGCCUGUUGAUAAUUCCUUCUGUAACUGUGUGUUGAAAAUGCUUCUGUCCACAUUUUGAGGUCUUUCCUCUCUUGCCCUGGGUCCACUCUUCUCUAGGCACAUGGCUGUGGUUGUUCCUCCGUAGUCAUCCUUGGAACUCUCUCUACCUAUUGGUUGUGACUGUUUUUCUGCCUUCCUCUUGCUCAGUUCAUCCCUGUGGUUGCCCUUUAGGACAGGUGACUGAGUAUCCAAAUAUAGUCAGUGCCUGGGUUCUGGUUAUAGAGGAGGCCUAGAGGCUGUCCCUGCCACUUGUCUGGUCGAGUGGCGGAUGCACAGAGAUGGCGGUGCCUGGCAGGCCUGUAUCUUGAGUCACGUGUCAGGUGGUUACUGCAUAGUCUCUCUUCAGCUUCACAGCAAAGGAUCCUUUCCCUUGUCUCAAGUGCUGGUUCUCCUGUAUUGUAGACUCUUUUCCCAGCUUCCUCUGAGGAGAGUGUGAGACCUUGUGUGUCUGAAAGUGUCUUUAUUCUGUUUUCACACUUAAAUGAUGAAAUGGCAGGGUAAAGAACUCUACCAGAACAGGUCAGAUUUCUUUCUUUUUCUCCCCCUUCCCCAAGUCAGUGUCUUACUUGUAGCCUUGACUGGCCUGAAACUUGCUAUGUAGACCAAGCUGGCCUUAAACUCAUAGCAAGCCUCCUGUCUCAGCCUUCCAAGUAGCUGGCAUGACAGUUAUGCACAGUCAUGUCCAUAUUUUCUUCUUUUUAACAAACCACUUUUAUUAAAUGAUGAAUAGCAACAGGGCAGUGGUGGCGCAUGCCUUUAAUCCCAGCACUCAGGAUUCAGAGACAGGCAGAGCUCUGAGUUAAGGCUAGCCUGGUCUACAGGUCCCAGGACAGCCAAAGCUAGCCAAAGAGAAAUUCUGUCUUGAAGAACAAAACAGAACCAAGAAAAUGAGGCAAAUAAUCAUUGGGUGCAUUGUCGGACGUUCUGGCAGCAUGCAUGGGCUCAUGGGUAAUGCUGUGGCUCCCUUGUCUCUAUUUCCAUCUUCUGGGACAGGGGUGUGCUGGGAUUACAGACGUGUGUGCUACUUCCUCUGCCUGGCUUUUGCUUGGAUUCUUGGGAUCUGAAGUCUUGUCAAACCUGUGUGGCAAGCACCUUACCUGCAAAGCCACCUCUCCUACCUACAUUGUGGUGUUUCAGUAUGUCUGUGUCAUGGUCCAGUCAGGUCAGGACACCAAGCAGUAUGUGUGUGUGUGUGUGUGUGUGUGUGUGUGUGUGUGUGUGUGUGUGUGUGUGUGUGUUAGGAACAGUCAAACUCUUCUUAUCAGCUAUUUUGAAAUUUACAAUUAAUUAGUGUUGGCCAUAGUUGCUCUCCUGUGCCACAGAGCAUUGAAAGUUAUUCUUUCACGGAGCUGGAGAGAUGACUUGACGGUUAGGAGGAGCACUUGCGGCUCUUGCAGAGGGCCUGGAUUCUGUUCCUGGCCCCCAUGGGUGCUAUGGGAUCCAUUUCUUAGAGAUACCACAUGCUCCUCUGUUCUCUGAGGGAACCCAUAUGCAUGUGGCAUACAUAGUCACAUUCACAUAAAUUAAAAAAAUAACUUUUUAAAAAGGUUAUUACUUAGCCAGUGGUGGUGGCGCACACCUUUGCUCUCAGUGCUCUGGCGGGAGUGGUGGUGGUGCACACCUUUGCUCUCAGUGCUCUGGCGGGAGUGGUGGUGGUGCACACCUUUGCUCUCAGUGCUCUGGCGGGAGUGGUGGUGGUGCACACCUUUGAUCUCAGUGCUCUGGCGGGAGUGGUGGUGGUGCACACCUUUGAUCUCAGUGCUCUGGCGGGAGGCAGAGUCAGGCAGCCUGGUCUACAAAGUGAUUUCAAGGACAGCCAGAGCUACACAGAGAAACUCUCAGAAAAAAAAAAAAAAUUAUACUUGUAUUCUGGUGUACCCCUGUACCCAUUAACCACGCCUUCUCCAUCCUGUCACCGCUCCCCCACUCCAUACCUACUAGUCUGUACCUUAUUUCUGUGAGACCCACAUGUAAAAAGCUUUCUCCGUCCUCGUCCUCGUCCUCGUCCUCUCUGAGGCAGGGUCUCACUGUGUGGCUCUGGCAGUUUGGAACUUGCUAUGUAGACCAGACUGUCUUUAAACUCACAGAGAUCCACCUGCCUUUGCCUCCAAGUGCUGGGAUUAAAGGUGUGCGCCACCACGCCCGACCGACUUUUACAUGCAGAUGACACCUUGUGCUAUUUGUCCUUCCUGGCUGACUUAUAUCUUAAUCUAAUGUGCUCCUAGCGCCUACUCCAGACGACAGUUUUGUUGUUCUGUAACUGAACAAUACUCAGUUGGGCAUGUAUCCCAUCUUCCCUUUAUUUGGUACCCAUUGGCGGGUGCCCAGGUUGAUCCCUACUGCAAACAGCACCUCAGGAAACACAGGAGGACAGAUGUCUCUUCCACACCAUUCAUCUCUUUUGGAUCCCUCCUAUAGGUAUGGUGGUGGGCUGCUGGGAUCCUGGAUCAGAUGCUAAAUCAUUUUAUCCAGCUGGCCACUGAGUUUUGUGUCUACUACCACAAUGUUUGCAUUUGUAGAAGUUCGUUUUUUAAAAGAUGCAUUUAUUUCUAACAAUGUAUAUGUGGUCAUGGCCGUGUCUGUAUAUGUUGAGUGUGGACACUCAAGGAAGCCAGAGGUGUCACAUGCCCAGAUGCUGGGGGUGGCUGUUCCGUUGACAUGAGCUCUGGGAGCUGAACUUUGUCUUCUUUAGGAGCAGUCUGCACUCUUUAACAGCUUUGCCAUCUUUCCAGCCCUGGAAGUGCUUUCUGUUCUCUUCGUUUUCAGCAACAUCACAUUCUUGUUUUGUGGCUGUAGAAACCAUUGAUGUGUUUUGCUACAGUUGGUUUGGUUUUAUUCUGGUCCCUAUCUUACGAGUCAGAGGCUCUCCUAAAAUAUCUAUUGGCCCUUGGCUGACCUUUGAUUAAGAAUUAUAGGAGGCAGAGGCAGGCAGAGCUCUGUGAAUUCUAGGCCAGCCUGGUCUUAUGUAACAAGUUCCAGGCUAACCAGGGCUAUAUUAGUGAGACCCUUUCUCCAAAGGGAGGGAGGGAGGGAGGAAGGAAGGAAGGGAAGGCUGGGCGUGGUGGCGCACGCCUUUUUUUUUAAUUAAUUUAUUAAUUUAUUAAUUAAUUUAUUUAUUAUAUGUAAGUACACUGUAGCUGUCUUCCGACAGUCCAGAAGAGGGAGUCAGAUCUCAUUACGGGUGGUUGUGAGCCACCAUGUGGUUGCUAGGAUUUGAACUCCGGACCUUCGGAAGAGCAGUCGGGUGUUCUUACCCGCUGAGCCAUCUCACCUGGUGCACGCCUUUAAUCCCAGCACUCGGGAGGCAGAGGCAGGCAGAUUUAUGAGUUCAAGGCCAGCCUGGCCUACAAAGUGAGUUCCAGGACAGCCAGGGCUAUACAGAGAAAAACCAAAAAAAAAAAAAGAAGAAGGAGGGAGGGAGGGAGGAAGGAAGGAAGGGAGGGAGGGAGGAAGAGAGGGAGGGAGGAAGGAAGGGAGAAAGAAAGGAAGGACGGGAGUGGCCAUAUGUGAUGAUUCAGACCUGAAAUCACCACUCAGGUGAUAGAGGCAAGAAAAUCUCUAGUUUAAGACCAUCCUGGGCUACACAGAGAGUUUCAGGCCAGCCUGAGCUCCAUAAUGAAAUCCUGUCUCAAAAAUUAAACAAACAAAACCCAAAACAAACAACUGAGACCAACUAACCCAGAGAAGUUUAUUAGAAGCUCUGGGUCCAAAAGACUUGUCAACUGUCAGGUCCUCGCUGGUGAAUGGACAGGUGGUCCUGGCCCAUAAGGCACUGGUGUGACUCUUCCGCCUUUGCUUCAGAGAGAGAGAGCGGUCUGGAUGCCUCAGGAGCAGGGUCUGGCUGUCUACCACUGUUUCCAGUCCAGAAGUCAGCAUUUAAGUAAACUUACUUCUGCUGGCUAGAAUGUCACUUCUACCUGAACCAUUUUGGCCCUCCAGAGAAUCUGAAGUUUCAGCUACAGAGGCUGCAGGUGGGAUGGUUCUUAUUCCAGCCCCUCUGUUUUCACACUUGUGAAAACGCUUCAGUUUAGUCCCACAGGUGCCUGGUGCUAUGGCGACAAGGAUCUAUUAAGAACUACUCAUUGAAAAUCAGCUUUUACGUGCCUGUCUCUGAUUUGGCUGUUAAGUUGCUUUCGCAAUCUUGAAAUUUUGUUGGUAAUGUCUUUUCCCUUGUUAAGUUCGUUCUUGUCAUUUCACAUCUUUAAAAAAAAAAAAGAGACUGCUAGGUUGAAGAAGACUGUAAGAUGUGGAGUCGAGCUGCACUGCAGUCCUCUCCAGGCAUGGUGGCACAUGCCUGUAAUCCCAGCACUUGGGUGAGGGUAGGAAUUCAAGUUCUCAGCUGCAUAGCAAGUUUGAGGGCAGUCUGGGCUGUGUUAGACCCUCUCAGAAAACAAAGGUACAACAGAACAGGUAUAAGGGUAGUUCGGUUAGCGGGGUUCUUGGUACACACAAGGCCUUGAGUUUCAUGUCUGUCACCACAGAAACCCAGCACGUAGGGCAUACUGGUCAACUCCAGCUCGUGGGAGGUGGAGGCAGGAGGAUCGGGAGUUUAAGGAUGACUAUUUCCCCUGAAGAUCAAUUGAUCAGUGUGUGUGUGUGUGUGUGCUCACAUACAAUGUGUGUGCACCCUGUGUGUGCCAGCCAUCUGUGGAGGUCUGAAGAGGAUGCCAUCUCCUGGAGCUAGAGUUACUGGCUGUUUUGAGGCACCUGGUGUGGGUGCUGGGAACCAGGGUCCCCUGGAAGAGCAUCAAGCACUCUUAACCACUGAGCCAACUCUCCAGCCCCAAGGAUAAGUGCUUUUAUGCUGUUGUUAGAAACAUUACUCAGGGUCGCUAUGGACAUGAAAGAAUUAUUGAGGAGAUAAAAACUGCUGGUGGUAAUGGCUGGGCUCAUGGUGAGGGUUUCUGUGGUGUAGACUUGGGCUUGGUGAGAAGGAUGCUGUAGGUGCUAUGGGCUACAGGAGCUGCUGCUAGCUUGGGACAGUGACUCCCAGAGCCCAUGGCUCCCUGUAGCCAGGUUAGCUUGAGAGAAGAAUGUGGCUCUUAAGUUUAGGUGGACAGUGCUAUGUCCUGGCAUGGGGCCUUGGCAACUAAGUGGGGCAUUGCCUGGUCACACACUGAUGAUUUCAGAUGAUGCUGAGGGCUUUUGAGGUCUCUGGGUUUGACCCAGGACCACUGUUCUCUGUGCUGACCUUUUGUGAAGCUCAAGUGUCAGGGACGUGGGUGGUCUGAGACAUUUCCUUCCUUUCCCUUCUUUCCUGGGUGACUGCCCUUGUGGUAGGUGCCCUCGCUUUCCUGACUAUUCCCUCCCUUCUCCUCAGGGGUCAGAGGCUCCUCUCACCAAACUCCAGUACAGGUUCCCCUGUGUCUCUCCCGACCGUGGAGCAGACUAAUUCCCAGCUCGCUUUGUGCCUGGUCUGUCUCCAGUGUAAGAUACUUGAAGAUGCCCAGUUUGUUUUGCAGUUUUCUUGUUGCCCUGAGGUUCCAAUAGCCUGGCAUGUGGGAGCUGGGUGACAUCGUGGGGGUCCACUAACCCCAUCAGGAUCUGCCAGCUCUGAGUCCAGCAUUCUUUCCCACUGACUGAGUCUUUGGGCUGUCACCCACUUGUCAAAGGUUUGAUGCGGGGUGAUUGGAAACAUCUAUGGUUACAAAGGGGAAGCUGGGAUUUGGGUGAGAUCAAUGGCCAAUAGCAGGAGGGAUGCCUCUUGGAAUACUGGGUGGGAUCAGUUUUCCUCUCGGGCUGUGAGGAGCAGUUUCUGUGGGCUUGGGGAUAAGGGGAUAUAGCUUCCAAGAGCACUCAGCCCCUCAGAGUUCAGUCAUGAGAUCUGGCUCACACCUCAGACAUGUCCCAACUGUUUGAGCCUUAGCCUUAGCAGUAAACUAGGGAAGAGCUUGGAGCUUUCCAAAUGAGGUGUGGUGUCACUGUGUGGAGCCACUCUCUUUGUUGCUGCCAAGCUCUCAGGUAUUUGGGCAACCAGCCUUGAACCCAGUACCCUGACAAGCUUAAUGUAGGGAGUAAGGGUCCUCCUUUACGGAGCCUCUCCUGACAGAGUGCAGCCCUUGGACAUAGCCUCUCCAGCAGGGCUUGGCUUUUAACUUCUAAGUCCCUUUCUCCUGGCUCUGCAGUGGCCCCUCCCAGCUCCAGCUUCCUCCCACCGCUGCCAGUGCAGAGCCCAAACUGGGGCACCCACCUCCCAGGCUAUCACAUCUCUGGGGAAGGGACAGGCCCAUGGGAAACCCAAGCCUGGGCAGCUCCCGUUCCUGGUUUUCCAGGGAGCCCUGGCAGAGGGGGCUGGGAAGAAAGGCCCAACAGGGAGGGGAGCUGGGAAGCAGAACAGGGAACUGGAAGGGGAAGGGUGUGGGUGGGCUCGGAUCCAGCCUACCUCCUACUCUCCCACUACUGCCAAUCCCCUCCCUGGCAGGCACACACUCAAGGCAGGGGCUUGGCGCUGUCUCGGGGCAGAGCCGCCUGAAGCCCAGCGCUGAGGCUGCACUUUUCCGAGGGCUUGACAUCAGGGUCUAUGUUUAAGUCUUAGCUCUUGCUUACAAAGACCACGGCAAUUCCUUCUCUGAAGCCCUCGCAGCCCCACAGCGCCCUCGCAGCCCCAGCCUGCCGCCUACUGCCCAGCAAUGCCCUCCAGCGGCCCCGGGGACACCAGCAGCUCCUCUCUGGAGCGGGAGGAUGAUCGAAAGGAAGGAGAGGAACAGGAGGAGAACCGUGGCAAGGAAGAGCGCCAGGAGCCCAGCGCCACGGCCCGGAAGGUGGGGAGGCCUGGCCGGAAGCGCAAGCACCCACCGGUGGAAAGCAGUGACACCCCCAAGGACCCAGCAGUGACCACCAAGUCUCAGCCCAUGGCCCAGGACUCUGGCCCCUCAGAUCUGCUACCCAAUGGAGACUUGGAGAAGCGGAGUGAACCCCAACCUGAGGAGGGGAGCCCAGCUGCAGGGCAGAAGGGUGGGGCCCCAGCUGAAGGAGAGGGAACUGAGACCCCACCAGAAGCCUCCAGAGCUGUGGAGAAUGGCUGCUGUGUGACCAAGGAAGGCCGUGGAGCCUCUGCAGGAGAGGGCAAAGAACAGAAGCAGACCAACAUCGAAUCCAUGAAAAUGGAGGGCUCCCGGGGCCGACUGCGAGGUGGCUUGGGCUGGGAGUCCAGCCUCCGUCAGCGACCCAUGCCAAGACUCACCUUCCAGGCAGGGGACCCCUACUACAUCAGCAAACGGAAACGGGAUGAGUGGCUGGCACGUUGGAAAAGGGAGGCUGAGAAGAAAGCCAAGGUAAUUGCAGUAAUGAAUGCUGUGGAAGAGAACCAGGCCUCUGGAGAGUCUCAGAAGGUGGAGGAGGCCAGCCCUCCUGCUGUGCAGCAGCCCACGGACCCUGCUUCUCCGACUGUGGCCACCACCCCUGAGCCAGUAGGAGGGGAUGCUGGGGACAAGAAUGCUACCAAAGCAGCCGACGAUGAGCCUGAGUAUGAGGAUGGCCGGGGCUUUGGCAUUGGAGAGCUGGUGUGGGGGAAACUUCGGGGCUUCUCCUGGUGGCCAGGCCGAAUUGUGUCUUGGUGGAUGACAGGCCGGAGCCGAGCAGCUGAAGGCACUCGCUGGGUCAUGUGGUUCGGAGAUGGCAAGUUCUCAGUGGUGUGUGUGGAGAAGCUCAUGCCGCUGAGCUCCUUCUGCAGUGCAUUCCACCAGGCCACCUACAACAAGCAGCCCAUGUACCGCAAAGCCAUCUACGAAGUCCUCCAGGUGGCCAGCAGCCGUGCCGGGAAGCUGUUUCCAGCUUGCCAUGACAGUGAUGAAAGUGACAGUGGCAAGGCUGUGGAAGUGCAGAACAAGCAGAUGAUUGAAUGGGCCCUCGGUGGCUUCCAGCCCUCGGGUCCUAAGGGCCUGGAGCCACCAGAAGAAGAGAAGAAUCCUUACAAGGAAGUUUACACCGACAUGUGGGUGGAGCCUGAAGCAGCUGCUUACGCCCCACCCCCACCAGCCAAGAAACCCAGAAAGAGCACAACAGAGAAACCUAAGGUCAAGGAGAUCAUUGAUGAGCGCACAAGGGAGCGGCUGGUGUAUGAGGUGCGCCAGAAGUGCAGAAACAUCGAGGACAUUUGUAUCUCAUGUGGGAGCCUCAAUGUCACCCUGGAGCACCCACUCUUCAUUGGAGGCAUGUGCCAGAACUGUAAGAACUGCUUCUUGGAGUGUGCUUACCAGUAUGACGACGAUGGGUACCAGUCCUAUUGCACCAUCUGCUGUGGGGGGCGUGAAGUGCUCAUGUGUGGGAACAACAACUGCUGCAGGUGCUUUUGUGUCGAGUGUGUGGAUCUCUUGGUGGGGCCAGGAGCUGCUCAGGCAGCCAUUAAGGAAGACCCCUGGAACUGCUACAUGUGCGGGCAUAAGGGCACCUAUGGGCUGCUGCGAAGACGGGAAGACUGGCCUUCUCGACUCCAGAUGUUCUUUGCCAAUAACCAUGACCAGGAAUUUGACCCCCCAAAGGUUUACCCACCUGUGCCAGCUGAGAAGAGGAAGCCCAUCCGCGUGCUGUCUCUCUUUGAUGGGAUUGCUACAGGGCUCCUGGUGCUGAAGGACCUGGGCAUCCAAGUGGACCGCUACAUUGCCUCCGAGGUGUGUGAGGACUCCAUCACGGUGGGCAUGGUGCGGCACCAGGGAAAGAUCAUGUACGUCGGGGACGUCCGCAGCGUCACACAGAAGCAUAUCCAGGAGUGGGGCCCAUUCGACCUGGUGAUUGGAGGCAGUCCCUGCAAUGACCUCUCCAUUGUCAACCCUGCCCGCAAGGGACUUUAUGAGGGUACUGGCCGCCUCUUCUUUGAGUUCUACCGCCUCCUGCAUGAUGCGCGGCCCAAGGAGGGAGAUGAUCGCCCCUUCUUCUGGCUCUUUGAGAAUGUGGUGGCCAUGGGCGUUAGUGACAAGAGGGACAUCUCGCGAUUUCUUGAGUCUAACCCCGUGAUGAUUGACGCCAAAGAAGUGUCUGCUGCACACAGGGCCCGUUACUUCUGGGGUAACCUUCCUGGCAUGAACAGGCCUUUGGCAUCCACUGUGAAUGAUAAGCUGGAGCUGCAAGAGUGUCUGGAGCACGGCAGAAUAGCCAAGUUCAGCAAAGUGAGGACCAUUACCACCAGGUCAAACUCUAUAAAGCAGGGCAAAGACCAGCAUUUCCCCGUCUUCAUGAACGAGAAGGAGGACAUCCUGUGGUGCACUGAAAUGGAAAGGGUGUUUGGCUUCCCCGUCCACUACACAGACGUCUCCAACAUGAGCCGCUUGGCGAGGCAGAGACUGCUGGGCCGAUCGUGGAGCGUGCCGGUCAUCCGCCACCUCUUCGCUCCGCUGAAGGAAUAUUUUGCUUGUGUGUAAGGGACAUGGGGGCAAACUGAAGUAGUGAUGAUAAAAAAGUUAAACAAACAAACAAACAAAAAACAAAACAAAACAAUAAAACACCAAGAACGAGAGGACGGAGAAAAGUUCAGCACCCAGAAGAGAAAAAGGAAUUUAAAGCAAACCACAGAGGAGGAAAACGCCGGAGGGCUUGGCCUUGCAAAAGGGUUGGACAUCAUCUCCUGAGUUUUCAAUGUUAACCUUCAGUCCUAUCUAAAAAGCAAAAUAGGCCCCUCCCCUUCUUCCCCUCCGGUCCUAGGAGGCGAACUUUUUGUUUUCUACUCUUUUUCAGAGGGGUUUUCUGUUUGUUUGGGUUUUUGUUUCUUGCUGUGACUGAAACAAGAGAGUUAUUGCAGCAAAAUCAGUAACAACAAAAAGUAGAAAUGCCUUGGAGAGGAAAGGGAGAGAGGGAAAAUUCUAUAAAAACUUAAAAUAUUGGUUUUUUUUUUUUUCCUUUUCUAUAUAUCUCUUUGGUUGUCUCUAGCCUGAUCAGAUAGGAGCACAAACAGGAAGAGAAUAGAGACCCUCGGAGGCAGAGUCUCCUCUCCCACCCCCCGAGCAGUCUCAACAGCACCAUUCCUGGUCAUGCAAAACAGAACCCAACUAGCAGCAGGGCGCUGAGAGAACACCACACCAGACACUUUUCUACAGUAUUUCAGGUGCCUACCACACAGGAAACCUUGAAGAAAACCAGUUUCUAGAAGCCGCUGUUACCUCUUGUUUACAGUUUAUAUAUAUAUGAUAGAUAUGAGAUAUAUAUAUAUAAAAGGUACUGUUAACUACUGUACAUCCCGACUUCAUAAUGGUGCUUUCAAAACAGCGAGAUGAGCAAAGACAUCAGCUUCCGCCUGGCCCUCUGUGCAAAGGGUUUCAGCCCAGGAUGGGGAGAGGGGAGCAGCUGGAGGGGGUUUUAACAAACUGAAGGAUGACCCAUAUCACCCCCCACCCCUGCCCCAUGCCUAGCUUCACCUGCCAAAAAGGGGCUCAGCUGAGGUGGUCGGACCCUGGGGAAGCUGAGUGUGGAAUUUAUCCAGACUCGCGUGCAAUAACCUUAGAAUAUGAAUCUAAAAUGACUGCCUCAGAAAAAUGGCUUGAGAAAACAUUGUCCCUGAUUUUGAAUUCGUCAGCCACGUUGAAGGCCCCUUGUGGGAUCAGAAAUAUUCCAGAGUGAGGGAAAGUGACCCGCCAUUAACCCCACCUGGAGCAAAUAAAAAAACAUACAAAAUGUACUGGUGCUUUCUGUCUAAGUUGCCUUUUGUGUGUUCUUUUAUAAGGCCCCACCAUCCCCUCUGCACAUGGCAGCUCCGGUCCUGGAAUGUGAUGUUUUUGGUCAUCUCUAAAGACUGCAGUUUCAUACUUGGGAGGCUGAUGACACCUUUAUUAUAAUUAUUCUUAUGGUUCUGGCUAUAAUUGUUUUAAGAUUUUCUUUCAGAAAACAAAAACCCAACACCCUUCCCUUUAGGUUUCAAACCAAGGUGCGGGGGGGUGGCAGGUGCUUUUUUAAGGACCAGUGGCUCUGGUGCCCUGGCUCCCACCCCUCAGGCCAGGUGAGCCACUGGGCAACAAGCUAGGCAGCCAGGGAGUUUGAGGCCCACCCUCCGGGCCAGUCACUCUUCUCUUCUUCUUCCCUUCCUCGUGAGUCCGGUGUGUCAGGGCUGGAGGGAGGCCGGGGCAGCCUCCCUCCUUGUGUGUGUGGUUGGAGUGGCGUGUGUUUCUUUUCUAGUGUUUGCUCUGAUGGCUGUGCUCUCACUUGAGUCAGCUUCACCUGGGCCAUGUGCUCGCACUUUGUUCCGCUCCCCAGCCAGGGCAGGCAGCCUGGCAUUGGCAGCGGGAAGGGAAGGUGUGCUUGGCCCCAGGGUGAGGGCUUGCCUGGAUGGAUGGAGUGUAGAUAUGUGGCAUAUAGAGAUAUAUAUUUUAUAAUGGGAGGGGGGACGGCACCUCCUGGGACCAGCAGAGACUGGGAGGUGUGCUGUCAAGCACAUGGUCCCAAGACCGCAUCCCUAGAAAGAUGGGGCCUAUGAUAGGCCCUAUAUAAAUACAUAGAUAGGGUCAUGUAUAAGAAAUAUACACAGAGGGGGUUGGAGGGAGUGGGCUCUGUGUUGAGCCUGGGUCCUUCCCGCAGACAGCCCCACAAACAGUAUAUCAGUCUAACACAUGCACAGGAAUCUAUUUCUGUCUGGAUGCACACCAGGGAGCCCCCAGCACACUUCUCUGCAGGAUCAGGACGAUGGAGUCGGCUACACAGCUCUCUCUCGUACAUCUGUUGCCCUGAUGACAGGUAGACUCGAUCCCAGAAGUUGCUAGGUGCUGAAGUCAGGAAAAGGAGGAGGUUUGAUCCAAGCAGGUGCUUCCUCUAGCAGGUCUGUGUUGUAUUCCCUUUGCCUCUGGUGAUGUCAGCUUCUGUUAGCAGCCUGUGGUUACUGACCUGCAACUCUCGGCACCAGUCAAGUCAGCCCUCAGCCCCUACCUAUUCUCCCCAACCAAAGUCGAACUGAAAUCUCUCUUGGCCAUGGGGCUUCCAUUGGGAAAAUAAAAUGUUAAAAAAAAAAUUAAAAUGGGACAGUGAACCUCACUUUUGGAGUAAAGCAAAUCAGUAAUUAGUGCUAAAACUAGUCAGAGGCUUUGGCCCCUUGCUCACUGCUCGGGACUAAGCUUGGCUGGUGGCUUGGUACACUGCUUGGGCUGUGUAGUCCUGCCCACCUCUGCUCAUUUUCUCUGGAUAGAGUUUUAAGAUCGCAGCUAGUUUCCCCUGCCAUGGCAGGUAUGACUAUGGGGCUGGAGCAUCCAGGAGAGGGGGAUGCUUGCCCUCUUGGAGUCCCUGUACUAAAUGUAACGUCCUCCCUUGCUCCAGCAGGGCUCCAUUCUGACCUGGAGUCCACCAGCACCAUGCAGGAGGACUGGAGGGGAGGAAGGCUGCUUUAGGCAGUCCAAGGUGCUCCCUCCCCCUCUAGCAAUGGCAAGGUCUUCCCAGCUCCUGUCAGGACUGUCUUCAAAGGCCAUCUCUGCCCACCGCAUAUGUGACGAAGCUAGCCUUUCCCAGGAGCCUAGUGCCGCCUCAGCUGGGCCUGGUGCUCCCGUGCCUGGGGUUAGUGUGAGGGCUCAGGAGGAGGAGUUCCCAAGGGACUGAGUAGAGGCUUCCAGGUGGCUGACCAGUACUGACCUGACACGGUCCCUGAUGGACUCCUCAUGGGGCGGGCAUCGGGUGGCCUUCUCUAGCUUUCCUUCCAGCCCCAUCUGUAGGCUUAGUCUUACCAUAGUGUGAGGGCACCAGGCGAGUUAGCCCCCAAUAUCUUUUGGGGAGGGGUGUCUUUGGGACUGUGCCAAUCUGGCUAUUCAUCCGUCUCUACCCCAAGUGCGGCUUCUAGGGUCACCUCUGAGGAGAGCUGCUGGGAUGCUGGGGUAGCUGAGGGGAGGUUGUGGGGAGUUUGCAGUGCAUCUAGGAACUAGCUCACUGCAGGUGGGGCUGAAGCUGGAUUCAGUCAUGGGAGGUUCCCUGUGGGCUUUCCUUUCCAAAGACUAGGCUUGUUUUCCCUAGAAACUAAGGUGCUGGGGACUGGGUGACAGCCACCUCUCAGCAGGUGCCGUGUAAGUGUGAAGAUUUGUGAAGAUCUGUGGCCCUUGCCCAGGGGAGGUAGCUGGUGCUAGCACCAGGGUCACAGAACUAAGGCCUCCUGAGGAGGCACACAUACCAGCGGGGUCCCAAGCUGGUGCUAAUUCCUCUCAUAGGACCCAGUAAGCCCGGGAGCCUGCAGUCGGCUGUUUCUCUGCUGUGGAAUACCCUGUUAGAAAGCUGAGGUCCCCUAAAGAGCCUCCUGGACCGAGUCACUUUUGUGGCCGGGCUGAGUAUGGCAGCAGGUAGAAAGAUCCGCAGGCAUAAAGAUCCCUGUGGCUUUUGGCAAAUGACUGAAGUGUGGAUGCAGGAGCAAUGAGUGGAGGCCAACAUCAACAGCAUCUACCCUCCCCAAUAGUGUCUCUGUUCUGGGGGUGCUGUGGUCCUCACUUGCUGGCUUAGGAUUGGAGUUAGGCUGAGCCACUUUGAAGGAGUGUGUUUACAGGAAGAUACAAAUUGUUGGUUUCUCUAUUCUUUACUGUACAGUGUGUCCAGAGAGUAGAAGAAAAUUCCUGGGCCUGUCUGGUUGGUGCAGAGCUUUUAUGGCACUACAAGGUCUUCAGGAACUGUCACUGUAAGAGCCCUGGCUGUGAGCUGGGGCUACGUGACCACUGCAGCUGAGUUUCCAAGCAGGCCUGUGUUUGGAUCUGAGUUUGACGCUUGGCGGCUCCCAGGGCUUGGGAUGAGUGGCAGUGCUGACUUGUUCACUUGGCAGAGCCACCCUGUGAGGAGGUGGACUUAGUGGCCCUUUCCAAUUGAUCCUGUCCCAUCCAGGCAGUAUCAGCACUAGGAGCAGUGCUGGGUCAGAAGUCCGAAGGAAAGGACUCGGUUGAUCGGGGUCAUUGUGAGCUUGUGUAUGUUUGUGUAGAGAAAGCUGAACUUUGGGAGGAAAGGCCUUGUCCUUGCAGGCUUCCAAGACACCGCUAAGGUUAGCCUUUGGUUGGAGACAAGUCUCUAGCCCAGACACUGGAGUAGGCGCUGAGACCAAGAGGCAGGCCAAGAUGGAGAUCUAUGGAAGGCCCUUUGCUGGUAGGGAUUCAAAGCUUCUCCAGGGGACCCCAGAACUCUAUUAACUGGCUCCCCUACCGGGACAAGCUUCGUUUGUGGGCUCAUAGAGUGGCCAUAGAGUGGGUUUAACCCAGCACCAAGCCUGAGGGCAUGAGCAGUGGUCUAAAGUCUCACAUAGUCCCAUUUUACAGACUAAUUUGAUUGCCCGGCCGUAGAAUUCUACAGAAACAACAAUCACUGAAAUUCCUUAGAAUACGCAGAGGGAGGAGGUGACUCAACACGGUGCUAAACACAUUUUAUUAAAAAUAUAUAUUGUUAAAUUAAGUCUGCUGUCUGGACAAUGAUGUUCUGUUUUGUUUUCUUGUAGUGGAGUUUAAAAGAGACUAUUAUUUUACUCUGAUAUAUUAUUAUUAAAAAGGCAUUUUAACUUUGUACUUGAAAACUAAGUGAGCGAUUUCACGUGUUUUAGCUGAGACAUCGAAGUAGCGGGUGCUUACUUGUGGGAAAUCAUGUAUUCAUACUACAACAUAAACUCCGUAGCUGAUUUGGUAAUAACUUUUACUGUUACAGACGAAUUCGCUUUGACCCCGGUGGCAGAGCGCUUUGACUCCACAUUCCACGCAGCUAAGUGCAGGACCUUCCAGAACCUUCCCCGGUCCCCCCUGGUCCUCUUUCGGUUCCUCUUCCUAGCUCUCUCUUUUCCUAAUUCUUUUUUUUAAGAAUUGUCGUUUGUUUUUCCUGGUCCCGGCUUCCUUCUACCACUGUAUUUUUUGUUAGGGUUGCUUCUCUAUUUAUUGACAGUAAUAAUGUACAUUUCACAGUCUGGUUCUGGGACAGCCAGGAGGGGUGUGGGGGGCUGCAUACAGCUUGCUGCACUCUCCGGUGUCCUGUUGUAUCUCUGUGUACGUGAUGCUUGUGACAUAGCUGUUGAAGAAAUAUUAAAAGGUCAAUGCGUACAGCAGGUGUAGAGAGUCCGUCAGUUCCGCUUCAUCACUUUUUUUUUUUUUUUUUGUGCCCAGAAGAAUAUAAUAAAGCUCCUUUCUAAUGUACUUGUGCUGGAGAACACUUGAAUAAAUGGACUGUUUUUGUGCAAAAAGAAAAACGGAAAAAAAAAAAAAAGCACCGUCAUAAUGUCCUUUUGUCCUGCGACUCCUUUCCCCUGAUGUGGCCACUCACAGUCCUCCAGUGGGCUGAAGUGGGUGCAGUUUACGUUGGGAGGGUCUGGGAAAUGGAUUUCUAAAGUAUCUCUCAUAUGGGUGUUAACUAGGGGUUGGGACCCAAGGGCAGAGGGAGUUUGGUUCAAGAUCAAAAACAGGUUAGACUAAGGUGAAGUUGUCUCGUUUACUUCCCAAACCAGCAGAUUCUCGAGACCAGAGCAGGCAACAGACUGGCAUCCUGGUUAGCUGGCAGUAGGACCAGCAGGGACUUAUGGAUGCCAGAGUCCAGAAGGAAGAAGUCAGCAAAGGAGAGAGGCAGCUGGGGCUGGGGGAAUCCUGGAAGAACCUUGCGUUUAAAGGAGAUAUUUGCAAACACUUGACAGGUGACCCAAGGGCUGGGAUCAGUGGCCAAUAGGGCUACUGCUGGUCUGAGCAUAGGCUGCCUGGCAGGGCCUUGCAGCCUGAGGAGUUGUCCACCGUGUCUCUGCCAUACCUAUCUAGAAGGGCCGUCUGUAUGCGGGGUCUGUCUGUCCUGCAUAUCUCCGGGAGUAGCCAGCAGGCUUGGCUGGGGUUCCACUCCUAAGGACUGUCCACCCGUUUCUUCCAGCAAACUUUCUGGACGGUUGGAUAGGGAGAGACCGUGUGGCGGUCCUUGAGCAGACUGGGAAAGUUUGGCUAAACAGGUUUUCUCAUGGGCACUUUUUCUUGCUUUUUCUUUGACAAGGUUGUAAAUGUGUAUUUGGCUUUUACUCUACUUUUUUUCUUGAUGUUUUUCAAUGUUGAUGUGGAAUCUUACUUUCAAAUGGCUGCAUGGCAUUUUCUUGUUGAAUGUUUGUUUAUAUAUAUUUUAUUUUCGCUAUAAAUAGAGCUUCAAUAAACAUCUUUAUGUUUUGGCUUCC